AGCAAGGACCGCAAAUGAAAGUGAAAGAUUAAAAGAGCAAGUAAAAUAACUGCAUAUUAUCAGAUCUGACCGGAGACCUGAGCUUUGCUUUGCUUCCUCAGUGAUGGUUUGUCUCAGGGCUGUGUCAGAGAUGUGAAUUUCACCUACUUUCUGGAUGCAAAGGGGUAACAUCUAUCCAUUCAUUUAUUUAUUUGGAAGCAAUGUGGGUCACGCAUAUAGAAGCCAUCUGAGACCUGGAAAGCUGUCUGGAUUUUAAAUAAAACAAGAAGAAUGAGACACCAGCCAGGACCCCUGCCCUGAGAGGAAGGUGAAGAAAGAAAGAAAGAAAGAAAGAAAGAAAGAAAGAAAGAAAGAAAGAAAGAAAGAAAGAAAAUGCAGACACCAAACCUGUAGAUUUAUGAAAUUCUUUUUGCUCCACUAAGGACAGAUAUUUUCCCCCUUACAGACAUGCAGCAUAAAGGCAUCAUGCUGAUUGUGUUCUUGGAAUACAUUGUUUCUGGUCACGGUGAGGCAGAUCCAGUAAAGCUACGAACCUUCCGCUGUGAUGGCCACUCCUGCAAUCCUCCUGUAGGGAAUCUAGCAACAGGCAGGACUCCAGUCUCUCUUACCACAUGUGGGCAGAACAGCACAGAACUUUACUGCUUCUACCCAGACCAGAACCUCCUUCAUUGGGCCUCCCAAGGCUGUGGGCAGCCCCGAUGCACUAAAUGCAAUGCCAAUCAGCCUGAUAACUCCCACCUUCCCUCUGAUAUGACAGAUAAUUUCUUCCUAAACCCUGGCUCCUGGUGGCAGUCUGCACAAGGGGUACACAGGGAAGAAAUCAGGCUGGACUUGGAAACAGCAUUCUACCUGACUCAUGUCAUAGUAGUGUUCAAGUCACCUCGCCCAGCUGCUAUGGUAUUGGAGAGGUCUCAGGACAAUGGACAGACCUGGAGGCCCUACAGAUAUUUUUCUGUCAACUGUACAGCAACGUUUGGGCUUCAAGAUGAUCUUAUUGAAGAGGGCUCUCUGUGCACUUCCAGGUAUUCAGAUGCGGUGCCUUGCACGCGAGGUGAGGUGAUCUAUCGUGCCUUAACUCCAACCAACAAGAUUGAAGACCCAUAUGGUCCUGAGGCCCAAGACCUCCUGAAACUCACCAACCUGCGCCUCCUUUUGUUAAAAAGGCAGGAGUGUCCCUGCCAAGGCUUGGGAUUGCUGGAGAAACCCCAGAGGUUUGCCCACUAUGCUAUCUAUGAUCUGAUUGUCCGGGGAAGUUGCUUCUGUAAUGGGCAUGCAGAAGAAUGUCAGCUUGCCAAUCGGACAGGGAACACAGAGAAUGUGGUCCAUGGGACAUGUGUGUGCAGACACAACACAGCAGGGAACCACUGUGAGAGGUGUGCACCAUUAUAUAAUGACCAGCCUUGGAAGCCAGGAGAUGGAAAAACUGGGGCACCAAAUGAAUGCAGAAAGUGCCGCUGUCACAACCAUGCUGAUAGCUGUCACUUCAACCUGAGUGUUUGGCUGGCAUCUGGGAAACACAGCGGUGGAGUAUGUGACAACUGCAAACACAACACGGAGGGACAUCGAUGUCAAAGGUGCAAACCAGGAUUUUACAGAGAUAGGGGAAAACCUAUGUCUUCCCCAGAGGUCUGCAAACCUUGCUCCUGUCAACCUAUGGGAUCGGCCAAUGCAACCUUCAGCAGAAGCUGGCGGUGCCACCCAAAGACGGGGUUCUGUUACUGCAAGCCAGGCGUGGCAGGCCCGAACUGUGACAGAUGCCUUAUGGGAUACUGGGGCCUUGGAGAAAAUGGCUGUCAUCCUUGUGACUGUGCCAGAGACUGCGACCCCCACACUGGAAACUGUUUCAAUGGUUAUGAAAAUGAGCCAUUUUUCAACAUCCCCAUGGGUGGGCGAAUCCCUGACCUCCUACAAAUGCCAGCCAAUGAAAGCGAUGAGUGGAAAUGGAAUGAUCAUGAGCAGGGAUUUUCUGCAUUGAGACAUCCAGAAAAGUGUGUGUGCAAAGAGAAAGAGCUCGGAAGUGUCACUGAUUUCUGCCAGAUGAAAUACGCAUAUGUGAUAAAAGCAAGAAUCCUAUCGGCUCAUGACAAAGGAACCCAUGCGGAAGUUGUAGUGAAGGUAAAGAAGGUCCUGAAAUCAGGCAAAGUGAAAAUUGCCCGGAGUAACAGAAGUAUCUAUCCGGAGUCCUGGACCAACAGGGGAUGUACAUGCCCCAUUCUCAAUCCUGGAACAGACUACCUGAUAGCAGGCCAGGAGGACUCAAGGACCAGCAAACUCCUCGUGAAUAUGAACAGUCUGGUGAAACCCUGGAAGGCAUAUUUGGGAAAACAAGUAGCAGACAUUCUUCGAACUGGGUGCAAAUAAUUUCUUCUUCAGAAGUUAAAGUCAUAAACUUUAUAUUUUAAUAACACUGUGGUGAAAGGUAUAGCUAGUUCAUAUAUUACCAUGCAACACCUUCCUAGCUAAGGGAACAAAAGUGGACUUACCCUCCUUUCCCUCAUUAUGUGUUUAAACCAGGAAUCCUUGGACAUAACUUUUCUUCCAUAAUUACACACUGUCUUAUAUGAAAUUAACCAACACAUCACAUGUAGGUUACAAAUCACAGUUCUUAGCUUGAAGCCAUUUUCACAGCUCCCAGAGAUUCACUCUCAGGGGAGAAGCAGAAGCUAUGGUUUAUGUGUUUCCACUCUUCAGGAAUGAAUCUGGUAUCGAUACUUAUAAACCGCUUGCAUAGUGCAGUCAUUACUCCGGUGUCAUUUCUUUAUUUAAGUGGCCAUUAAUGGGCAAAAAAAUUUCAGCUUUGCAGGUGGCAAAAUAUUGAACAGUCAGCAUGUCAGAUGACACUUGAUUUGUUUGAAAAGAGCUGAGUUAUUUUUAUUUACCAAGCAAACUGCAGUUAGCUCAGUAUAAGACACGUUGCUUUCUUGAGUGAAAAUAUCACAUUGCUGCACAGAGACUAACGCUGGAACUUUAUCUGGUGAGGGCCUCUAUAGAUGGGAGUUGUCAAAGUCAAUGCCUAAUGUGAAAGCACUUCUGGUUCAGUGUGGAAUCCUGGCGCCGCACUCAUCUAUUCUAUCAAAGGUCUCCUUGUUCUUUGCUAUUUGUACUGUCACACAACAGGUUUCAGAAUGACUGCUGCUAAAAAGCCUUGAGCCAGUACAGUAGUGUCAAGCUGCAGCUCCAGACCCAUAGGAGAAGGUGAUGGAAGCUGGCCCAGAUCUGAGUUUGUGAAGCUACAGUAGAUAGAGGUGUGAACGGGCAGCAGGCUGUGCCAAUCUGAGGAUUAAGCAAGGUGUUGAUGUCUUAUAGGGCAGCUACCUUGUUAUUUUGACCAAUGCCCUUGAGGCCAUGCUCAUUAUUUAAUUUUCGCUACCGUUUUCAGUCUGCUGUUACUCUUGCCCCCUUUGUGUGUUGUACUGUAAUAGUCAAGUGAUGUUACCUUUCAGUUGUGCUUGAAGUUUGUUUAGCGUGAGAAGCAGGGGUGGUAGCAUCUCCACUCUAAGUAAAGUCCCCAGUAGAUUUAUUUUAGUCUGCUCCACAGUUAGUAAGAAGCCAGUCCAUGGAAAUGUGAGUUCCUCAGAGUACCAUGGGGAGGGGGAAGGGAACAAUCUCCUCCUGGUCUCUGCCCAAGUGACAGGAAACUCAUGACCAAACUGAGAGGGUAAAGGAGUAUGUUCCUUUGAUAAGUGAAGCAUCAAUCAGAACUUUGUUCAAAGAUAUUUUUUUUUUUUUGGUUUGUUCAUAUAUGCAGCUUUUGCACAUCUUUGUCUAUGCUUACAGGAAGAGGAGAUGGGGUUUGAUCUGCAUGCCACUCAGUCACUGUGACAUGAAGGAAUCUAGGGGGCAGCCCAAUAGCCAUGAAAAGAAAGUGGUGGUUCUGGGUUAUGAAGCAUCUGAUGAGAAAGAGAUAAGUUAUCGGCACAUUCAACUAAUGCAGUUGGGUGACAAGAAUCUGAAGACCAGGGAUCCUGGAAUGCCAGAGCUACUUUUUUAUUUCCAUUGUUUGUUACCCCUCCUUUUAUGUAGGGCCUGAUGCACAUCAGAACAGCAAAAGGACACAUUUCAGAUCAUUUGUAAAGAGAAGACCAGCAGAAAUUUCUUGGAAUAUUCUUCCAGCUUAGGUGAAAUUCUGGAUGGCCAUCACCUUGAAGUGACGCAGUGUGUGUUUACAUAAACAACCUUUCCCUCCUCCCUUCACCCAGUCCCCUCAAUCUAUGGAUGCAUUAUAUAUUGUCUCAGGCCAACAUGACCUCAUCCUAUGUUUGGCUGUGAAUUCAAAGGAGGUUCAGUCAGUUAGCUAGCUGGACUGAUGAAAUAUUCCUAAACCCAUUAUUGCUCCUACAAUGGCCCUGUUAAAAGCAACUUUCCAUUUUGUGCCUGAAGUUUUGUAAAUGCAAGUGCAAUCAAUAUCACUUAGAUGUCAAACUGUUUGGUUGCAAAUAACAUUGAGGAUACCUUCAAAUUUGCAGGCACAAAAUGGGGAGCUGAAUAGAAGCUCCUUUCAAAAUCAGGUCCAUACAGUAUAUUGCCUCACGCACAAGUGGAUCUAACUGCCCUUGGAUAAUGUCACUUAACUAUAGGCUUGUUCCAGUUUUAAAGCUAUCCUGUGGAAAAGGAAGCUCCACAUAGUUAUUUCAGUAGUUAGUUGUUUUAGAUUUCUGUGCUUUUAAGUAAAUAUACAUAGUACCUUGGGGAUUCCUUUAUUUGUAUUUAGUUCAAUUUUCAAAGGAGCCCAGGCCACUCAGUUCCCAUAGAAAUGAAGUGGGACAUCGGAGCCCAAUUUCCUUAGGCACCUUUGCAGAUCCCAGCCUAGAAGUAUGUCCUGUUCACAUUGAAACUAGCAUAGAACUUGUCAUCUCCACUUCAUAGUUAACUAGAAGUAUUCAUGGGACACAUUAUGAUAUGGAUGGAGGUUCCCAUCUGAGCGUAUACAUUGACCCCACUUCCUCCCCAAAAUUUGUUUUCUCCUAAGGAGCACAAAUGCUAUGUUUUCUUUUUCCUAUCAUGGCAGGAAGAAAAAAGUCACUAUUAUCCAUUUGUUGCUACCUAAAGCAGUAACCAAGAAUUUGGCAUCUCUGAUUAGGCAUUUAAUUAAUGUAAUAAAACACUAUGCACCACUAAAGUGGCUUUAUUUAAAAUGUCAGCCCAUUAAGUUAGAGUAGCAAUCAAGUGAUAUUGUUUUCAUUCCUGUGUCCAGAAACAGACUGACUACAAGGAUUAGCUAGUCAUCUUCUUUUAAAGACCAUUAAAAAUAAUGAUGUGUUUAGAUGACUUUACAGUCCAUUCUCAAAGGGCCUAUUAGGAAGAGUUUCAAUAAAGUAAAGCCUAGGGUGAGAGAAUGUGUUUGAGGGCAUUUAACAAAUGCAUUUAUAUUUACCACUGUGUGUGCUUCUUAUCUGCUGAAGGUCAUAUUCUGUUCUCAUUUACCCAAGUGCUAUCCCAUUGAGCUAAAUGGCAUUGCAGAGGGUGUAAAUCACAGGACUAGAAGGUUCCCCCCCACAGCUAUUUUAAUUUCCAGGGGUGAAACUUACCCUUUUUGUGGGAACCUGAGAAGGGAACCCCUUGCAGCGACCGUUUCAGGUUAUGGGCUGGGAUAGUGACCAGUGCCUUUGUUUUUUUCAGCGUGCAGGCUGCUGAAUCCACAUAGUCCAGUCAAGCCCUUCCUCUGAUCUACCACCAAUACGCUCCUCCAUGCCAGUUUAUUUGGCAUCAGUAGGAGCCCACUAUGCAGCAUCCACUCAGUCUGCCUGCCUACUCCAUGUAGGGCUACUACAGGAAGUGGGGAAUCACCAGCUCAGAGGGCCUUGUACUAGCCUUUCAAGGGGAUAUGAAUUCCACGCUUACAGAGUUUCUAUGUGCCUAAUCUUAUAUGUAAGGGAGGAGGUUAUGUGAACCCCAUUACAAAGCUACACUCACCAUUAGGGUGCCUCCUCCUGGCUGUUCAGGUGAUUAGCUCCAUCCACAUCUGAUGACCUAUUGUUUGCUCUCAUCAUGGCCCCUCCCACCCUCUGGGACUCAGCAUGCUCCCUCUCCAUAACUUGGCCCUUGGACCAGGUCACUAUACAUGUUUCCCCUUCCAGAAUACCAAAGUCUCUCCAGAUCAAUUGUCCAGUUGCCUUCCCAAGCCAUCCUCUAAUUCAAGACUAUGCCACUUUCCUGAAUGGGGGGGGGGGGGGGUAUGGGACCCCAGCCUGCCCAUUACUCCAGAUUCCAGCAUAGGGACUCUGUUCAGCAACCAUGGUCCACUUACCCCCAGACCUCAAUGCUAUUUCCCUGCUCUUCUUCCUACUUUUCUCCCCUAGCUCUACCCCCUCACCCCAGGUUACCAGUAGAGCUCCCUCUGCUAUUUCACCCUUUUCAGUUUCUUGCCAAUUUAUAUUCCAAACACACUUUCCUCCUCCCAGGGAGUGACUGUAGACUACUUCUCCUACAACCCCUUCUGUUUUCAGCUUGCUGGUUUUGUAUGAGACCAGCCUACACCUGCUCAGCUGAAAUUCAUCUUCUAUUAGGGCUUGCCUGGCCAGCCUAAUUCUCUGCCAGGCACAGUUUACUGGGUUAAUUAGCCCCUUCCCAGCUAUCUUAACCCUUCCAGGUGAUGUGUGGAAUGAAUACUCCAUCACAAGCUUAUACAUACAGCUUUGCAAUGUACCUUAACACCAACUUUCAACUAGGUGAUUCCCGACCAUAUUCAUCCAUUUGUGCCAGACUGUGGUGGCUUUGUGGUAUAUGCAAAUGCCCACUGCAAACCAGAGUGGGACCAACACAUUUACGUCACUAAUGGUCAAGCUACUAUGUUCUUGAAUCUAUUGCAGCCAUUUCUUAUAACCAGGGAUCUGUCUCAUCAUGAAAAAUAUUCAUUAAUGUCAUUCCCAAGUGUUCUAUCAAUAUUAGAUGGGAGAUUUGAAACAAAGGUACUUUUAUAAUCUCUAUCACUUGCCUUGGGAUCCAUUGUAAUAAAAACAAUCAGGCUAACAAUUUUUUUUUUGCAUUCAGAUACAUUCUCCAUUGUGUAGCCAAACGUUUCCAAAAGUGAAUCAGCUGACAUACAAUAAUGUGAGAGGAGUGGGGAACAACUGAGGGCAAACGUGAAAAAAUAUGCAUAGGUUUUUUCCCCCUUCCUCUCUUUCAUCCUAUUUGAUGGUGGCUGGAGAGCUGAGUCUACUUCCUAUUCUACAAUCUCCAUUACUUAGAAAUACUACACAUUCCAUUUUGACUGUCAGGCUAACUGCUGUCUGAUGGCUUCUGCUUUGCAGUCAUUCAGGGUAAGCAGAUACCCCACCAGCGUGUGACACUGGUGAGCCUACAGGUUGAAGGUACAGAAGCCAGUUAUGGUCAGCCUAAGAGCAAGUUGACUUUGCUAUUAUUCCCAGCUGUUCAUGAGAUCUCUGGUUAACUAAUCCAAGAAGAAAGUCAAAGAAUGGGGAACAAAACUGAAAAUUAUGCAGAACUAUAGUGUCCAGCCAAACAAUAGUCCCAGCAUGCUCUGCAGUGCUAUAAAGCAUGUAGCCUGCCUGAAAAUAAACGUCCAAAGUACAAAUGAACUCCACAGAUUUGAGUGAGAACAGAGUUCACUAUUUGCAAUGGAAUUAAGACUGUAUAAAGGGCUGGUUAUCUUGGGUAUGGGGAAAAAAAUAAACCUUCAUAUACUGUGAUGGCUCAGAAGAAGAUUAUUGUGAGACAACGUGACACUAUCAAUACUUCCCAGAAGUAGUUGCUAUGUAUUUCCUGUGACCAGAACAAACAAGGUCCUACAGAACUAACAAGAGGAUCUGCCAAAGAAGAUGCACCUAUUGAAAUGGGAAAAGAAAUCUGUUGGUCUUGUCCAGGGGUUGCUGAAUACAGCUCUCCAGUACUUUCUACCAGAUUGUCCGAUCAUCAGCUUUGCCAAAAAGCAGCAAAGACAGGGCAGCUGUGUUACAUUCUGAUGCACCCCAAACACCAGGAAAUCAAAUCAAGACACACAGGUAGGUGGUCAAUCAAAAACAUGUAAUAACCCUAAACCAGUUAAGUCAGCAACAGUCCAAAUGGCAGGUAUGUAGCAGAAGGCUCAGCGUAACUGCACACGCCCAAAACUGUGUGUACAUACACACAUGUGCACACCCACCCACACACAGAAGAACAGGAAAUGGAACACUGAAUUCAGGGAGCGGGAACCAGGAAACAAACAGAAACAAGGAGCAGGAAGCAAUAAGCAGGAAGUCAACACAGACCAGUCAUCAGCAUCAAUACUGAAAAUGGUCAUACGAACAAUCCAAUCCAAACCAUAGUAGACAGGUUGCCUUAUCGCUAGCUGUUAUCACAUGUCAAGAAAUAGCAAAGACAGCUGGUAGGCCCUGCCUAAUGAUGAAAUAAUAGCGUUUACCCCCAAGAAAAGUAUGGAAAGCACUGGAGGAGUUAAACUGGGGCAGGGAAGGGAACAGGCUGAAAGCAGCCGCAUAUGUGGAGAAGAGGCAGCAGCACCAUUAGGACAGUUUCAAGUCAGAGCAACUAUCUGUGAGAGUUGUGCAGCUCACGUAUCAAAUAAAAUGUGGCCACAUCUAUCCUAGUCUUGGUAGGGAACUUUAAAGGAUCAAAAUAGUUCACUAGGUAGUUCUUUGUGAGUGCUGAGCUCAAUAUGCAAGGUUGCUAUGUUGUAUUUAAUCAUGCUUCUGCAUCUCCUGCUCUUGUACACUGGUACAGCAAGCAGAUAGGAGGAAGGAGGCAGAAGGAAGGCAAACAGACCUACAUACAAUAUUGUAUUACUUUGGCAAGAGUGGCUCAUUCUUCUAACGGCUAUACAGAGCAAGGUUUCUCUGUCGUGUUCUCCAUCUGUGUAUCUCAGAUUGUUUCAGUGCUGCCUGAUGUAAGCUUUCCUUGAAUUUAUCUAAUUCACAUGGUGUUCUCUCCAGGGUUCCUCAAACCUGGAAAAGUGAUUGUGUUAUUUGUAACGUGUUGUGCACAUUUUCUGUUUUGUACUUAAACUUUGAUUAAAAAUACUGAUAGAAAUGU